UGUGAGAACAUCUCGAGAGGGAGAGCGAACUCUCCUCACUCUCGGCUGUACCAGGGCAUUCAGAGGCGCGUGACUAUCGUAACCAAUAGUUGGAGACUGGGUGACAGGGCUCAGAAUCGAUCACAAUGGCGUAAGUGUACACGCUCUUUGUCUUUCCUUAAACCAUGAGAUUAAAAUUGCUUUAUAUCCUUCUACCAACUAAUCCUUUCUUCCUGUACUAUAUUCUCUUACGAAAUGUUAUUUUAUUUUUACUACCAUUGAAGUAACGUCUAUCAAUUUGGUGUUCACCUUGUUCUAAUGAGUUGUGGCAAUUUGGAUCAUUGCAUAUAUGUGCCUGGUCCUACAUUGUAGCUGGCUGACUGACUUCCUUAAUAGUUUGUUAGUCGUUUUAUUGGUUUUCCAACUUCAACGUUGUGUUGCCAUAGGAUUUCCAGUAAAGCCCCACUGUGUUUACCCAGUAUAGUUAUCCUUAAUUAUGAGUAUUGAUUCAUAAGACUUAAUUACAUUCGGUAAUUUAAUUGUGAUUAUUAUAAAUAACAUUCGAGCAUAACUGCUGUUGUCAUGCUGAGAUUGCAUUUCAUGAAAUUUGUCAGGCGAUUCACCUAAGUUGGGAAUUUGUAUCCAUUGUUUGUGUAAAUCCUUAAAUAUGGGGGAGUUUUCUAAUUCUUUCACGUUACAUCAACAGAAUACGGGCAAAAUAGUUGAGCUUUUGUUAUGGCUACAUAUCUAAGGUCAUAAGAGUAUUGUGGAGUAUUAUGGAUUAUGUAGAAGUUUUUAUUGAUGAAAUUAAGCUUUUAUAUAUACCUUAGUAAAAUCAAUACUAGAUAUUGAUCAUCAAGUUGUCAGGGACUGAUUAGUUGGACAGAUGGAGUUAAAUUAAAGGAGCCUGGAUUACAGAAUAUAUGAGGUAUUUUUAUUACGUUGUCUGUUCUUAUAUCUUUUUCGACGUAAUCACAUUUAUUCGAUAAUGUUACAACUUUCUUUAGCACUUCGGACUAUCACUUACACACCUAUGUUAAAAAUGCUUUUUAUUCAAAAUAGUUUUCACUGAUCCUGAGGACUCACAUGAAGUUCUAACCUCUAAAAAUACUCAAAGAAACGAAUUCCUUCAAAUAUUGAGCGCUGUUUAGAAUUGGCUGAGUCGUAAACAACUCAAGAGUAAAGUUUCAUCGAUAACCAUUUGGUUUUGCUAUUUGAAAAUCAAUCUGGGAUCAAUGAAAGAUUGUCAACUGAUUUUGCAUGAUGUUCCCGAAAACACAGAAUUAGGGAUUGAUCUGAAGUUUUGGAGGGUUGGCAAACACUUUAAAGGCAUCAAAGAUAUACCUCUAGGAGUACACUUUGUCUAUUAUAGUGCCGUAAAUUCAGACUGUAUGUCAGGUCAACGUGUUGGAUUCGUAGCAAAUUUCACUCAACCUGGUUUCAUUGUUAAGAAGUGGCAAAAAGAAAAAGAGGGUAAUUCGUUAUAUAUUGCUUAAAAGACCAAUAACGUUUUCGUCCUCUUGUCCAGAUUUCAUAGAUAUUAAAUUGACUGAUAACGAAGUAGAACGUAUUAUUUCGAAUUUCGAUGAAAUUUCUAUGUAUCUGGGGCAGUAUCCUGCGGAGUCACACAGAGAUUGGAUUUCGUUGUCUAAUUUUAUAACAACAUGUACAUUAACUCGUCUUGUUCCCUACUGUGGUCGUCUAUAUUCCUGUCCACACUUCUUAUCUGAACCCUCUAAUACCCAAGAACGCCUGGCUCUUAAAAAUUCCUAUACGACUAGCUGUCCAAAUAAAAAUUCAGAAGACCUCUUACCGAAUUUAUCUAUUAUUCCUGGUACAGAGGUACGUUUUACUUCAAUUCCAACAAAACCACUUUAUCCACCUCUUUCAUCUCCAUCGGAAAUCACUGCCCAUUGUAUGGAUCAAACAUAUACUCUUUGUACUACUAUGGACGUAAUCUUCUCGAGCAUCAAUUCAGAAAAGGCCAGUGGCUUAAGUAAGGAUCUGGAAUCUGCUCGCGAGCUGCUCGGUGAAUUUCAAUUUGCUUUUCUCAAUUUAUUAUUAAAUCAUUCAAUGGAAGGCUGGGAACAGUGGCGUCGUAUAUUCCAAUUACUCGCUAAUUUUAUUUAUCACCAGUUAACUAAUGCAAAUAGAUCAGAGGUGUCAAGUAGCAAUUCAGCUGUGGAGUUACUCGAUAUUUUCUUUUCGGAAUCAUCUAGCUCGAGUACACAGUGGAAAUUAACCGAACCUGGCUUUUUACCAACUAUGAUUGGGCGUCUUUUGAAAAAUAUUUAUUCUGUUUGUACUUCUGAUAUAGCUAACAAAACAUCUCCCAGUGAAACUAGUAAUAUUCUGAAAGAUCUCUUUAAACGUGCAGAUGGCUUUGCUCAUAGCAUAAAACAUCGAUUCAAAUGGGAUAUGAUCACUUCAUAUCAGUUAUUACAAAGGUCUACUCCAAAUAUAACCGAAAUUCCUAUUGAAGAAUUUGACUGGGAUGGAGAUGAAGCACCUGUCAUUGUACAGCUGUAA